AGGGUUUCGCCUUUAGCUCACAAACAUGGCGAGUUAAGGAGGAGAGACGUUGUGCGGUGCAAGGGGAUGAGGGUGCCAGGCGACACCAGCCUCUGCACAAGACGGAGACACCAGUCGAGCACGCAGAAAUUUCAAAUAAAAAUUGUUACGAACUUUUUGGUAGACUAAUUGUUACGAACUUUUUCAUGGGUCUGUUUCUGCAUUGACGGAUUUCGCGGCUGCCAUCUGUUGAGCUUGCAUUCGACGAUUUCCUUGUGGUUUUGGACCCCUUUCAUUCAGCUCACACGGCAGUUUUUCAGGAAGAGCAAAGUGUGUCUCAAGAGGGAGUGUUAGCCGCUCGUAAUGGAUUGCUGCACUAUUGCAGAGAUGGAAUCCAUGAGGUUUAGAGGAGUUUCUUGAGCACUGACAGUAUGAUUAGACGGAAAAAGGAGGUGUUGCGUGGUGGAGUUGCGAAAUUCAGCGAGUACUGAGGAGAUCUUUGGAAUUCUCGCUCGUAAUAAAGACGUGAGGGUCAUGUGGCGGUAAUUUCUUUUUACAGGUUGUGGAGGGGAGAAGAGAGUGAUUCUUUAGAGUGGGUCGCUCGUAGAGCUUAAUCUCAGAACUUUAAAUUGUCUUGUAUUUUUGGAGGUGUAAGUUGUGCACAACCCGCAGUGGCAGUAGAAGACGGAAUUGGGUAUUGAAGGUGGGCUUAGCUGGCCUUUCUGUGAACAUAUUGACGAUAUACCGUGGUCCGAUAGAUAGCUUGAAGAUCGAUCAAGGUAUUUAGGUGGGACAAGAGAGAAGGCUCGACGGGUGUGGAGAGAUGCGGAAUGCAGGUUCGAUGCCAGCCAUAAGCUGCGGCCGGGAGAUUAUGUUGCGGAGCUACUUGAGCACGCGACCUAUCUUGCCUGCUCGUUUUGUCCUCUAUUCCUGCCUCAAAACGUCCUCGCUUAUUCCUCUAAUAACUCCACGUAGAGUGAGCAUUCCACGACGCCAACUUCAGCUUGCUUCUGUAAGAAGCUGUAGUGGGAAGGCCUUGGUUCAAGAUACGCCUAUUGAAUGGACGAGAAAUCGAAGCUCUGUGAGACUAUUUGCGACGGCUAGAGACACAGGGGGAAAGCAGGCCAUCGAAAGUGAGGUAGAGUCUAUCACUGGCGGAGACCUAGGCCCCAUUGGCAAACCAGAGAUAUGUACGGCUGAUGAAUUGCAUUAUGUUGCCGUUCCAAAGACUACGUGGCGUCUUGCUCUCUGGCGCUAUCGCCCUUCGAAAUCUGCGCCAAAGAGGAAUCAUCCAGUGCUUAUGCUGUCGGGUAUUGGAACAAAUGCAAUCGGGUUCGACUUGGACCCCAGUGCAUCAUUGGCGCGUCAUCUAGCAGCAGCAGGAUUUGAUUCAUGGAUUUUAGAAGUUCGGGGAUCGGGACUUAGCAAGCGAGAAGGGGAGCCAACGUCCAGCGAACUUGGUGGGACUGAUGGGGCUCUUAAUGGAGCCGUUCAAGAUGCAUUCGUCCAAGCCACCGUGAAAUCUGCCACAAAAGCAGCCGAAAAGAAGGGAAAUGGUGCUGUUGCACAGGAGAAGAAUGAGAACCCUCUGAAGCCGCAAUCCAAUGCAUUGGCAAAAGUCGAUAAGUCCUCCAAGGAAGAAGAUUCGGUAGCAUCUCGGAUGACCAGUAGAAUAACCCAGAUAUCACAGACUCUGAGAAGCUUGGUUAGCGAAGGACAAUCCCGGGUCUCCGUAGCUAACCUUUUAGAGCAGGUUACUUCUCUGCUGGAGGAUAAGGUGCUGAAUGAGCGAUUUGAGAAUCUUCGUGAGAGGCUUACAGCCCUGUUGGAGGGACCACAAACGAACUCUGUGGCAUCUCAGGUUGCGGAAUUCAGUAAUAGUGUUACAGCGUUGCUGGAGGAAGGACAACGCUCUGUUACUCCAAGCGUUACCAGCUUGCAAGAAAGAUUAACCGCAACAAUUACCGAGUUUCAGGAGGUCCUUGAAUUGAUUGCCAAGUAUGACUGGGAUUUUGACACUUAUCUUCAAGAGGAUGUUCCAGCUGCUAUGGAAUAUGUAAUCAAUCAUACAGGAUCUCCCGAUGGGAAAGUCUUGGGAGUGGGUCAUUCUAUGGGUGGUAUUCUCCUGUAUGCUAUGCUGGCCAUUCGCGAAGAAAGAGCAGGACUUGCUGGAGCGGUAUCACUGGCAUCAUCAUUGGAUUAUGCGGUGUCUGAUACCUCACUUAAGAUGCUUCUACCUCUGACAGAUCCUGCGCAAAGGUUGAAUGUACCUGUGGUUCCUUUAGGAGCAUUGAUGACUGCAAUCCAUCCACUUUCAACACGUCCUCCAUACGCUUUGGCCUACUUGGGCUACCAAGUCUCUGCCCGUUCAAUGAUGGAACCCGAACUUUUCAAGAAGCUAGUUUGCAACAAUUUCUGUACAAUUCCUGUAAAGUUGUUAUUACAAUUAGCAACUGUCUUUAAGCCUGGAGGCUUGCAGAACCGAGACGGCACCGUGAAGUAUAUGGAACGUCUCCAUAGCUGCAAAGUCCCUGUGCUUGCUGUUGCUGGCGACGAAGACCUCAUCUGUCCGCCGAUAGCAGUAUCUGACACGUUAAAAGUUUUUCCACAAGCCAAUGUAACCUACAAACUCUUCGGUGGUGAGGAUGAUCGACAUUAUGGCCACUAUGAUCUUCUUUGUUCUCGUACAGCAAAGCGAGAAGUAUACCCGGUCAUUACAGACUUCCUGGUCAAGUGCGACAAUACUAAGGUUGACUCAAGUGGAUAGGUUUCAGCUUUAGAAUGUUUCAGCUUUGUGCAGGUGGCUAUAUGUUGCGGAGACGCGCUCUCUGGGGCAUGAAUGAUACCUAUUUCUGAGUUGCCUUUGAGUUAAUUUUAAUGAGAUGAAAGUAGGUCCGAUCAGUUUCCUCAUGUGGACAUUUGAAAAUCGUUGCAAAAUUUUUAAAUAAGGGUUUCUGGCGGUUCCCAUGAUCACUAUUUUGUAAUGAUUUGAAGUUCACUUCAAACAUUCAAAAUUUGUUGGCA